GCAAAUCUCCCCCUAAGUCACUAGCUUUAGAAGAGAAUAGGGUCGGCUGCUCCCAUUAACGUUUGACCUAUACAAGUAACGUGAACCUAGACGAAGGAAAAUCAAGUUUGUCGAAAGAUCUGACAAGAGCUUCAAUUACUGUGCUGGGAAGGCAGCACUAUGGACAAUGUGAACAGCCUGGAACCAGAAAGUCCGCCUGUCAGUCAGCUUAUGUAACCUGCAGACCUAACAGGGUAUUUAACUGAUUGGUUACUACAAAGGGACUCUUUGUUGACUGCAGACUUUUUAGCCUAAUCCUACAGGGGGUCUGAGAAGGGGCUGCUGCCUUAUUUUUACAUUGCAUAAAUCCUGCAGCAUAAAUUCAUGAAGACUCAGUAAGGAGUUUAUUUCCUGGACACAGUCUCAAGGCAAGGACACAGCAGCUCUCUUAAUGCCAUGGAAUUUGAGGCACUCUUUGGAAAGUCUCUCUCUUUCUCAGGCAGUGGUUUUCUGGCUUUAUACCAGAUUGGAGCAGUGAAAGCCCUGCUUGACCUGGCCCCCGAAAUAUUGAAGUCAGCCCCUAAGGUGUAUGGAGCUUCAGCUGGGUCUCUUGUUGCAGCUGCUAUAGUCUUCCAAGUAAAUCUAGGUGCGCUAAAGAAAAUAAUCUUAGAUGCAGCCAAUGAAGCUAGGAAAACCAUAUUUGGGCCAUUUUUUCCAACUUUUAAUUUAUUAACCAUUUUACGGAAAGGUAUUCUCAGCCUUUUGCCUGACAAUGCACAUGAGGUUGCAACAGGAAGACUCAGUGUUGCUCUCACGCGUCUAUCCGAUGGAAAAAACCAAAUGGUUUCUAAUUUCAAGUCCAAAGAGGAGGUUGUGCAGGCUCUUAUCUGCAGUUGUUUUGUUCCUUUUUAUUGUGGCUUUGUGCCACCUUUAUUUCGAGGAGUGAGAUACAUUGAUGGUGGAUUUACAAACUUUCAGCCAUUUUAUGGUUUUAAGUCGGUAACAACUGUAUCCCCCUUCACAGGGGAGAUAGACAUUUGUCCCAGAGAUUGCCCUGUCAGCCAUCUAUGCUUUCAAGUUUUCAAUACCAGCUUCCAGCUCUCAAUCGGGAACCUGUGUAGACUGAGCCAUGCUUUAUUCCCACCACCAACCGUAGUACUCAAUAACUUUUACUGCCAAGGUUAUAAAGAUGCUGUUUUUUAUCUAAUUUCCAAUGGAAAAUUCCAAUGGCGCCUUGCAUAUCCGAUCUCUGAGAAAUGCUUCACCAACCAUAAGAGUUUUAAAAGAAGAAUGCAAGAAAUUAUUAUGGGAAAAUAUCCUGUGGAACUGCGUAUUUAAGCUUCAGCAUUUACUGGAAGAGAAUUUUGGAUACGUCAGGAUGCAUAACUUUUACAUUACAAUCACAAAUUCAGGUGUUAAUAUAUUUUAUAUUCCACUACCGGUGCUACUUUAACAUGCAUGUUCUAUGCAAGCCAGGAAUACAAAGUGGUCCAGUUGCUAAGCUUUUUAAUAUAGGUGCAUACCUCAGAUAUGUAUUUUGGUCCGGUAUGCAUCUUGUUUUUUACAGUGGUAGUCAAUGGCAGAUGUAUAACGUUACUGUUUAAGCAUACAGUUACAUAUAUGUGAUAUGUAUAUUGGGGCGCGCUCCUAAACAUUUAUGCUAAGCCCUACAACCAGCAGAUUUUUAAGUCUGUUUAAUUUAUUUCCCUUUCAAAACUAAACCUGGCUUCCAGCAGAGGGAAAAAGGAAAGCCAAAGGGAUGGCUUUCUUACUGUCAGAGGAAACGGGAGCCAAACAUAUUGCAUUGAUGGUUAUGUUGUGCAAAAACUGCAAUGUACUUAGACAUUGGGGCAGAUUUAUUAUUCCAAAUGAAUUCUGGCUCAAUUUGUGCCAAAGAACCAGCAUGCCUUGCACCACUUUUAUUAUAUGUUUUUAGAUGUUUUUUACACCUCUCUCAGCAAGGAGACAUGGCGUAAUUGAAAGACCUGCAACUUGAAACGCCACACUACAUAACACAACUUUGGUGCAAAAUAUUGGAGUAAAGUUAGCCAACCAGUGGUUGGUAUAAUAUUAGACAAAAGUGUCUGAAAAUGUUUUCGAUUUGUCAUAAAGUGUAAGCCACUGUGGUAAAUUUGGUGCAUGUUCAGACUGUCUGAGCUAAGGGGGUGAAGUUUAUCAAGACCGCUGCUUCAUACAAUGGUCUAGGAAAAAUAAUGUGCUGUAGUAAGAUACACCAUAUUUUUCAGAAGGCACUCACCUUUUGCAGAUUGAUAUGUUCCCCGCUGAGGAUUAGAAUGUCUUCUCCAAUCUUUUGUACUAUAUUAUCUUAUUUGUUCUCCAUGCAAAUAAUAUCUGUUCAAUGUUCCUCAUGGCAUCCUGUGUACACAUACCGAUACUAUGAUCUUGAUAUGAUAUUAAUAUUCAUUUGUGACAGAACUGAUGUUGCCUUUAAAAUCUA